CCAGCGCCACAGCACAAGAUGGCCGCCAGCCCAGCCCCACAGCACAAGAUGGCCACCAGCCCAGUGCCACAGCACAAGAUGGCCGACUCAACGACUGAGUCAUCAGUCCAGGUGCCACCGACUCGCCGUCAUAGAGGACGGAGGACGAGGAGACGGGUGCCUACCGUUCCUCAAGGCCAGGAGGACGUUCCCGAGCGGGCCGCUGCCGUCCAGGAGGACAUUCCCGAGCGGACCGCUGCCGUAACCGAAGUGGUGCCCGAUGCUGUUCCGGUGACCGAGGUGGUGUCCGAUGCCGAUGCGGUGCCCGAGGCUGUUCCUGAGGCCGAGGUGGUGCCCAAUGCUGUUCCGGAGGCCGAGGUGGUGCCCGAUGCCGAGGCGGUACCCAAUGCUGUUCCAGAGGUCGAGGUGGUGCCCGAUGCUGUUCUGGAGGCCGAGACGGUGACCGACGCUAUUCCGAAGGCCGAAGUGGUGCUCGAUGCCGAGGCGGUGGCCGAUGCUGUUCCAGAGACCGAGGUGGUGCCCGAUGCCGAGGCGGUGCCCGAUGCUGUUCCGGAGGUCGAGGCGGUGCCCGAGGCCGUUCCCGAUGCGGUGCCCGAGACCGCUCCCGAGGCCGUUACCGAGGCGGUGCCUGAGGCCAUUCCCGAUGCAGUGUCCGAGGUCGCUCCCGAUGCCUUGCCCGAGGCGGUGCCCGAGACCGUUCCAGAGACAGUGCCCGAAGCCGGUGGACUCUCCGGAGUUUAGUCAUGUUCCCGUGGACUCUCAGGAGUCGAGUCAGGUUCCGGCGGACCCUCUGAAGU